AUGAAGCUCUUGGUUUUCUCUGCACUCGUAGUCGCAGUAUGCGCGGCACCUCAAGGCUACAAUUUGGCCUCGCCUUCGGGAGGUGGAUUCUCCCAUGGUGGAAUUCACUCAUCCGGAAGUGGCUUUUCUAGUGGUGGUGGAGUUUCCGGUGGAGGAUUCUCAAAUGGCGAUGGAGUCUUUAGUGGAGGAUUCUCAAACGGCGGUGGAGUCUCUGGUGGAGGAUUCUCAAGUGACGGUGGUAUCUCAACUGGAACAUUCACAAGUGGCAGUGGAGUAUCUGGUGGAGAUUUUUCAAGUGGAAGUGGUAGUGGAUUUAGUGGAGCUGGAGGUCCCGCUGGUGGGUGCCGUGAUGGAGAGAUCCUGCAUGUAGAUGGAUCUUGCGUUGUUCCUGUAAUCACGAGAAACGUUUUCCUGUAUGAUGCUCCUGAACAACCUCAGCAGCCAAGCGGUCCACCACCAAGUGUCCCACCACCAAAAGUGGACCAUAACAUUCUGUUCGUGCGUCUUCCUGAAGGAGGAGUAGGACCUGAACCCAUCAUUGUUCCUCCACCAAGGCAAGAGAACAUCGUGUACGUCCUGAACAAGAACGAUGGAGCAGGAGGCCAGCGAGUAAUCGAGGUUACUGCUCCUCCAGCUACCAACCCUGAGGUUUACUUUGUUAAUUACGAAGAGGGAGAGAACCCAACUCUUCCUAUUGGCGUGGAUCUCGAGACUGCUCUUAAUGCUGCCGCUAGUGCUGGUGGCCAAGUGAUCGGAGGCACCGGAGGAUCAGAUAGCUUUGGAGGGGAUGGAGGAUUCGACGGCAGUGGAGCAGGUGGUUUCGGUGGAGAUGGAGGAUUUGGCGGUAGUGGAGCAGGUGGCCUUGAAGAUCGAGGAUUCAGCGGUGCAGGUGGAGUAGGUGGAGGAUUCAGCGGUGCAGGUGGAGUAAGUGGAGGAUUCAGUAGUGCAGGUCGAGUAAGUGAAGGCUUCAGUGGCUUAAGUGGAGGAACCGGAGACUUUGGCGGAAGUAGAGCAGGAAGUAGUGGAGGAUUUGGAGGGAGCGGAAGCAGCGGUGGUUCUCCGUCAACCCUAUAUUCUGGCCCUUAA